ACAGGGAUUCCUGGGUCCAAAGGGCAUGCUGGCUCCUGGCUGUUUUUCCUUGGUGGUGGUGGGAUCAUUCCUUUCCUGGCUCUGGGGUGGCUUAUUUCAAGUCCAGCGGGAUAGCAAAACUGAACAAUCCCUUUGGUGCCCUACAAUUACCCUAUGUGCACAGUCCUACCCAAUCACCUGGGUGGGAAUUACAAGACCAUGGGGAGAAAGGCCACACAAAAGCAGUCAGUCCCUUCCACCACCGGCCUUAAGGCUCCCUGUUGCUAGGGUACGGCUCUAUUCCUUGAUAGAGUCUCUAAACACUGCCUAUGCUUUUGUAAAUCGUUCCUUUAUUUGACUCUCCUCAAAUUACCCUCGUUGAGAGCGAGCCAUCUGUUUCCUGCCCAUAUGGACAGAAAAAGCUUAGUGAGUCUGAAGAACAGAAACGGCAGUAUGGCUGAAGUGGAUAAGCAAGGGAGAGAGUAGUACAGUUGAGAAGAGAGGGGCCUGCCCUUUAGGUAGGCCGUGGCUAGAUCACUGUGGAUGGAAAGAUUAGUUGAAUGAGCGAAAACACACACGUAUGUGUGCAUGCGUGCAUGAAUGAGUAAACGAGUGGACAAACCAAGGAAUGAAUGAAGUGUGUGGUAAGCUGGGCCUCUUGCCCCCCAACAGAGUAACAGCCAGGUAGACUUCCCAACGCGAUUUGUGUUCUCUACCUGGCAGGAUGCUGGAGGCCUCCAAGCAGGAGGAGUCGGAGCUGAGCUCUGAGGCGCCGUGCACGGGGGCCUGCCACGCGCAGCGCGUCCUGCAGACCCUCAACGCGUACAGGCGGAGCGGCACCCUCACCGACGUGGUGCUGCGCGCUGGCGGCCGCGACUUCCCGUGCCACCGUGCCGCACUCAGCGCGGGGAGCGCCUACUUCCGCAGCCUGUUUGCUGCCGGUCGGCCGCAGCGCUGCCUGGCUGUGGUGCCGGUGGCGCCCGAGGGGCCGGGUGCGGGGCUCGCCGAGGCGGCCACGGCCGCAGCGAUGGCCGUGGUACUCGAUUACGUGUACGGCGCGGGUGUGCGGCUGUGCGCCGAGGACCAGGCAGCCGCAGUGCUGGCGCUGGCCGAGCGGCUGGGUGUGGCGGGUCUGCGCGAGGCCUGCGCGCGCUUCCUCGAGGGCCGCCUGCGCGCCGCCAACAGUCUGGCGCUGCGCCGCGUGGCCGCCGCCUUCUCGCUUGCCUCGCUGGCCGAGCGCUGCGGCCGCGUGCUGCGCCAGGCCUUCGCCGAGGUGGCGCACCACGCCGACUUCCUGGAGCUGGCAGCCGACGAGGUGGCAGCGUUGCUGGCCGACCCGGCACUGGGCGUGGCCCGAGAGGAGGCCGUAUUCGAGGCGGCCAUGCGCUGGGUGCGCCACGACGCACCGGCCCGCCGGGGACAGCUGCGGCGCCUACUGGAGCACGUGCGCCUGCCGCUGCUGGCUCCUGCCUACUUCUUGGAGAAGGUGGAGGCGGACGAGCUGCUGCAGGCGUGUGGCGAGUGCCGCCCAUUGCUGCUCGAGGCCCGCGCCUGCUUCAUCCUGGGCCGGGAGGUCGGUGCGCUGCGAACCCGGCCGCGGAGAUUCAUGGACCUAGCGGAAGUGAUCGUAGUCAUCGGCGGCUGUGACCGCAAGGGGCUUCUGAGGCUGCCCUUCGCCGACGCCUACCACCCAGAGAGCCGGCGCUGGACCCCACUGCCCAGCCUGCCGGGCUACACGCGCUCAGAGUUCGCCGCCUGCGCCCUCCGCAACGACGUCUACGUUUCCGGAGGCCACAUCAACAGCCGUGAUGUGUGGAUGUUUAGCUCCCAUCUGCACACCUGGAUCAAGGUGGCCUCACUGCACAAGGGCAGGUGGAGGCACAAGAUGGCCGUCAUUCAAGGCCAGCUGUUCGUGGUGGGCGGCUUUGACGGCCUGCGGCGCCUGCGCAGCGUGGAGCGCUACGACCCCUUCUCCAACACUUGGGCGGCCGCCGCGCCCCUCCCGGAGGCGGUGAGCUCUGCCGCUGUGGCGCCCUGCGCCGGCCAGCUCUACGUGAUCGGGGGCGCGGGCCAGGACGGCGUCAACACCGACAAGGUGCAGUGCUUUGACCCCCAGGAGGACCAGUGGAGCCUGAGGUCACCAGCCCCCUUCUCACAGCGGUGUUUAGAAGCCGUCUCCCUUGAGGACACCAUCUAUGUGGUGGGGGGCCUCAUGAGCAAAAUCUUCACCUAUGACCCUGGCACAGAUGUCUGGGGGGAGGCAGCUGUCCUCCCCAACCCUGUGGAGAGCUGCGGUGUGACUGUGUGUGAUGGGAAGAUCCAUAUCCUUGGCGGGCGGGAUGAUCGCGGGGAUAGCACCGAUAGGGUCUUCACCUUUGACCCCAGCAGUGGCCAAGUGGAGGCCCAGCCGUCCCUACAGCGCUGCACCAGCUCCCACGGCUGCGUCACCAUCGUCCAGAGCCUGGGCAGGUGACUCAGACCUGGAUGGCCUCAGCCAGGAGGCUGAGUGGAGUGGGGACACAGGGGUACCACUCUGUUCCCCUCAUGGUCCCUCCAUGUAAAUAGCCCUUAAUUUAUGGCCUCCUUUUCUUACAGAAAUAAAACCUCAUUCAAAGGUUGGGUCAGUUCCAGCUUGAGCUUGCUCUGCCUUGAGAAGUAAUCCCCAGUAUCUGCCCCCUGCUUUUACCCUUUACAAAGAAGGCACUUUCAUGUAUGACUUCAUUCACCUUCACAACAGCAGUGUGGGCAUUUUAAAAAAUUAUGAAAUGUUUCAUACAUUCAGAGUUCAUAUAUUUUUGUACAGUUUAAGAAUAAAAUGAAUAUCAAAUAGAAAACUAAAUAGACAUAUACAGAGGCUCAUUAAUGAGCGAACACAUCUAAGGACUAGGAAUAACAGAACUGUGAAACAGUGAGGAAGGAAACCCGAGCUCUGGGGUUCAGACUCUCUAGGGUAACCAACCAGUUGCCAUCAAGUCGAUUCUGACUCAUGGUGACCCCGUGUACGCAAAGUAGAACUGCACUUCUCAGGAUUUUCAAGGCUGUGACCUUUUGGAAGCGGAUCACCAGGGAUGGACUUGAAUUGCCAACCUUUGCAGUUAGCAGCUGAGCACUUAAGCAUUUGUGCUACCCUGGGACUCCCUUUAUAGGGUAAAGGGAUUGGAAAUAGCUUCCAAACCAGGCUCACUGCUAUAAGCCUGGGCCAGAGUAGGACUCCACUCAUGUAAGAGGCUGAAACAAAAUGGAAAAAUAGCUGUGAACCCUGAGCAGCCGUGGGGAGGCUUACAGCAGGCUCAGCAUGUGGGCGCCAGAGCCACAGGCCUUUGAGAACCAGGACACUGGGCUCAGGCCUGAGGCCCCAGGACCAGCAACAUAAAACUGUGGAAAGGAGGGGUGAGCUCAGAGGAAGAGAGCAGGAACAAAAGAUGCCAGAAACAGAUCCUGUGAGGCAGAGGCCCAGCGUUCAGGUUCCCUGCCUGUGGCUCUGAGGCCCGCAGGAGCCCACCAGACCCCAUCUGCAGGCUCCCCCUCAUUUGCACUCAGAUUGCCUUUUGAAGAGGAACUAUCAUCUGCUCCUCAUAUCUCCCUCUAGCAUGGGCUAGCCCCACGCCCCUCUCCAUCUUCCAAAGCCCCAGGGCCUUAUCUGUGGGGUCUUCCCAGCUGCGGCUGGCCCAUCACAGCCCAGCACAAAGGCCCCUGUCCCAGCUGAGCUCCAGCCCAACGAUUAUCCCAGAUUAGGGAACUGUGACCAUCUGGGCAAAGCUGAUAAUGGCAGAAGGAAGAAGGGAGUGGGCAGAAGCCCAGCCCCUCUGGGCCUGCCUGCCCCCAUCCCCACUGGUAACACCCAGGACAAAGCAAAGAAGGUGCCGCUGUUGCUUGCCUACCCAGGCAGAAGCCCGACAGGAAAAGGUGGGGUUGAAUCCAGGGCAAGCUGUCCCUGAGGAAAUGGGCAUCUCCUCCGGGCUGGGCACCUUCUGUGUGCCAAGCAGAGUGCCCCAUCUCCUGCAGCCUUCCACUCCUGCCACUGUAGCCCUUCUGACCCCACGCUGACCUUUCGUUCGUUCCCCCAUGCACUCUUUCAUGCAUGUGUAGAUGCCAUUUCCUGCUUUGUCUGCCAGGGCCAAAUGACACCCUCCACCCCUGGAGUUGGCCACUCUUCUGUGCCCCUUCCUUAUCUGUGCCCCAUCACCUGCCAUAUGGCCAGGACUUUAUAUGUGACUCCUCUAGUCUUCCCUGACAUGCCCACAGGAUGCCCUUUGAGGCAGGGAAGUUGUCUGCUACAUCUCGGUGUCCCCCAGUGCUUUGCACAAGGCUUCCCCCCGAAUACACUAAGAAAAAGUGUCCUGGAUUUCUACCUCCUUAUACCUGUGAGGAAACCCUGGUGGGUUUGGUUUUGGUUUGGAAUACCUGUGAGGUAGGUGCUAUUGCCCCUCUUUACAAAUAAAGACACAGAGACUCGGAGCUAAGAAGUGACUCGCCAGCAUCACCAGCUGGUGAAUGGUCCACCUGUCUCCAAAGCUUGCUCUCUCCUCGCUGCCUCACCCAGGCUCUGCUAAUCUGAUAAAGCUAAUCUUGUCCACCGUAGGAAACCCCAUCCUGAUGUGCUGAGAUUGUCCCUGCCAUUAGGGGCCUCCAAUUUGAUUUUAUAUCCCCGAUGAGUGAAGAUACAGGAACACAAGCAAAAGGUGACACCAUAUGUAUUCUAAUCUCCUAGGACGAUUGAUUGGCUAGACUGAGAGCACGUAUGGAGGGUCCCCCUGCUCCUAGUCCACUGCACUUUUGACAAUAGGAUGCCUCCUGAAUGGGGCUGGGGGAGGAGGUGUCAUCAUCCGGUGGGCAGACAGACCACAUGUCCUGAGCACUGAACCCUGAGCCACCUAGGAAUGCCAUCCUUUUCCCCCUGAAGACUUACCUCUUGGCAUACUAUCAGGAUCCACUGGACCCAAAUUUAGUUUGAGUUUCUUUUUUGAGCAGUUGUAACUAUUUGUAAAGAUUAAUAUGUUGUGACUAUUGCUCUUUCUUGGAAACCCUGGUGGCAUAGUGGUUAAAAGCUACAGCUGCUAACCAAAAGGUCGGCGGUUUGAAUCCACCAGGCUCCUUGGAAACCCUGUGGGGCAGUUCUACUGUCCUAUAGGGUCACUGAGUCAGAAUUGACUCAGCUACAGCCAGUUUGGCUUGUUUAUUGCUCUUUCUUAGUGGUCCAAAAUGAGAAAAUGUACAUAUUCUUUUGAAAGUAUAAUAAAGCUCAUUCUAUUUUGCAGUCAUCAUAUGGACCCAUUGUAUCCUUUUCUAAAUCUAAAGUACAUUAUGGGAUCUUGAUGAUCUUAUUUUUCCUCUAUUUUAAGAUAUUUUGCAAUUUAUGCUAAAAACUAUUUCAUAUAUUUCAUCAAUCAUUCCAAACUAUGUGAAACACAACUAAAAUAAUAAAAUGUAAUAAUAAUGGAGUCAUCCAGAACGAAGAUGCAGUAGUGUGAACAAUAUAUUUCUAAAGACAAAAAGGAAAUGUGGUAUUUUCAUCUAGUUGUCAUUCAAUAGGAAGGAUUUUAUCACACACUUUGCACCAAAAACCUGACCAUCCUGUUUGGCUACCAGAUGGUGUGACAGUAUUCUUCCAUGAAGCCUGCGCACAAUUUACUUGAUACAGUUUGUAAAUAAAGACGUGCUAAGGGCAGAUGUGUAUCCAGAGGUGAUUAGAAGAAAACAGAUGAUGUAGAAAUGGAAAGAAUUCGUUAGACUGGUCAUUCUAGUUUGUGUUUAUAAACCUAAAAUUGUUAUGAUUAUGGAGCAAAGAAAAUGGUCCUGCUCUCUUCAACAAAAUUAUACACCAUCAAAGUUUUCAAAAGUAUUGUUUUGAUGAUGCAAGUACAAAAAAAAAAUAAGCAGAAGCUAAGCUAGAACGUAUUAGA